GCGCUCUGUCACUAGAGCCCAGUGCUGACGAGGCCGGAAGUGACUGUAAUGUCAGGCUCAGGCUGCUAUGUUCCCUGACCCGACUGCCAGCUUCUCUGGCACCUAGGGGCCGGGGGAUCCCCGAGAUCAAGACCCGGUAGAUCUGUUCGCAGGUCGGUAUCGCCCGACAGACCUUUAACCAUGAGGCGACUGAACCGUAAGAAGGCGCUGAGUCUGGUGAAGGAGCUGGACGCUUUCCCCAAGGUGCCUGAGAGCUAUGUGGAAACGUCGGCGAGCCGGGGGACCGUCUCCCUGCUGGCGUUCUCCGUCAUGGCCGUACUCACGGUUCUGGAAUUCCUGGUGUAUCGUGACACGUGGAUGAGAUACGAUUAUGAAGUAGAUAAAGAUUUCACCAGUAAAUUACGGCUUAACAUAGACAUCACGGUGGCGAUGAGAUGCCAGUAUGUCGGCGCGGAUGUUCUCGAUCUGGCCGAGACCAUGGUGACCUCUGCCGAAGGACUCGUCUAUGAGCCGGUGGUGUUUGAUCUGUCGCCCCAGCAAAGGCAGUGGCAAAGGAUGUUACAGCAGAUCCAGAACAGGCUGCAGGAGGAGUUGUCGUUACAAGAUCUGCUGUUCAAAAGCGCGAUGAGGAGUUCCGUCACCGCCCUGCCCCCUAGGGAGGAUUCUCCUACCGAGCCGCCUAUCGCCUGCAGGAUCCACGGACAUCUUGAUAUCAAUAAAGUGGCCGGCAACUUCCACAUCACUGUGGGCAAAGCAAUUCCACACCCACGGGGCCACGCACAUCUGGCAGCCCUAGUGAGCCACGACAGUUAUAACUUCUCUCAUCGCAUCGACCACUUGUCCUUCGGAGAGGUCAUGCCGGGGAUCAUCAAUCCAUUGGACGGAACUGAGAAAAUAGCUGAAGAAAGCAACCAGAUGUACCAGUAUUUUAUCACCAUCGUCCCAACCAAGCUGAACACGCGCAAAGUGUACGGAGACACACACCAGUUCUCCGUGACGGAGCGGGAGCGUGCCAUUAAUCAUGCCACCGGCAGCCACGGGGUGUCUGGGAUAUUCAUGAAGUAUGACAUCAGUUCGUUGAUGGUGACGGUCACAGAGGAUCACAUGCCGCUGUGGAAGUUUCUUGUACAACUUUGUGGCAUCGUCGGAGGAAUAUUCACCACCACGGGUAUGAUCCAUGGACUGGGGGAGUUUUUCGUGGAUCUCAUUUGCUGCCGGUUCAAACUGGGAAUUUACAGUCGUCUAGAAGAAAACCGAAUACCGAAUAUCUCCUCCAACCACUGCGCAGAGACCACGGCCCCGGACCCACUUUGAGUGAUCGGAACUUUUAUUACAAUAAACAUAUCUGCUGUUUUACA